GUCGUUACGUGGGGUCAUGCUCGCUCUGGCGGGGACUCCACCAAAGUCCACGGGCAGCUGUGCGACGUCCGCCUUAUCCAGGCCACAUGUGACGCUUUUGCUGCUGUGUUGGGUGAUGGUUCUGUGGUCACUUGGGGCGACGCUGGGAGUGGUGGAGACAGCCGCGCAGUGCAGGCUCAGCUUGAAGCAGUGGAGCGAGUCGAGUCGACCUCAG